AUCGUGACCAAGUGUUCUUUUCCAGCCAUUGAAGCAUAUGAAUGCUCAAUAUUCAGCCGGGAACAUUGGAGAUAUCUGCUUCUGAUCUUACGUUGGCCGAUUCAGAUCUCAUAGCAGAAGUUGCUGCGUUGGAAGGGAAUAAAAGUGUGAGGCCGAUUAUGCCGUGCUACGACGGCAAUAAUUUUGUGGGCCAGAUUAUGGUUGAGCAUUUCUUGAGUGAUGGUCAGAGUUCAUCGGACUCCAGCUUUGAGACUGUAUCAUCGGAUUGUAGACAGCUCUCUCUGAGUGAGCUCUCAAGAAUCGCUCUCGUAUCAAGCAAUCUCAAACGGGGACACAAACGAAAAGCCCAUGAAAAACCCAUAGAGACUAAACGGUUCAAAAAGGUUCUCGAAUCCAGUAAGGAGAGUGUACAAAUCUACUCGUAUGGAGGUAUGGAGGAGGCAUGCGGUAUGGGAGGCUGCGAAAUCAAAUCCAGACCAUGCUCGGUUAAAUAGAACCGGAUGUUAUAAAUGGUCAGCGGCCCCCUUAUAUAAACAUACUUCCAGAGAACUCCACUUCUCCGUCGUAAUAUCAAAAUUCUGCAGUUCCAGGAGCUUGAAAAUUCGAUGCAAACAAGGUUCGACCUUUGGCCACGUAACUCUGGCCAUGGAGAUAGAACCGGAUGAUAUAAAUGGUCAGCAGCCUCCUUACAUAAACAUACUACCAGAGAUCAGGCAGUUGGUUGUGGUGGUGGUUCCCUCCGCGGAAUGUGCUUAAAACUUUUGCGAUCUGUUAGAACAGUUCUUUGGGAUAUUUUUGGAUUUCAGAAACGUUCGCUGCUUAGAUUUUAAUGAGGUGACUCCGGUGAUUGAGUAUAACGGCCGGCUCUUUAUAGCAGCUGCCAACGAAGAUACAAUGGAAUGGGUGGCGCGCAAGGUAUGUUCUAUGAAGCCUUACGUCUUAUAGUUUGUAAGACUAACGGCCUUACGUCUUAUAGUUUGUAAGACUAACGGCCUCAUAGAACAUACAUUGCUCGCCACCCAUUCCAUGGUUUCUUAGUUGGCCGCUGCGAUGUAGAGCCGGCCAUUGUAUUCAGUCACCGGAGUGACCUCAUUAAAGUCUAAGCUGCGAACGUUUCCGAAAUCGAAAAAUAUCCCAAAGAUCUGUUCUAACAGAUAGCAAAAGUUUUUUGCGCAUUCCGAGGAGGAAACCACCACCACAACAAACUGCCUGAUCUCUGGAAGUAUGUUUAUGUAAGGGGGCUGCUGACCAUUUAUACCAUCCGGUUCUCUCUCCAUGGCCAGUUUAUGGAAUUUAUAUUUUGAAAUAUUAAAAAAAAGUGACGAUUACGGCAGACUCAUUUGUCUACCGAUUAUUCUGACUGGCAACGGUCAAACGAUAGUUUAUCGUAAUAGAAAAAUAAUAAAAUGUAAUAAUCAUUUAUGGACGUUGCUUUACUAACGAAA